AUGGCAUCCUCAUAUGAACCCUUCUCCGGGAGCUUCAAGUGUGCACUGAUUCAACUGGAACCUAAGGUGAAGCAAAUACUUGAGAAAGUGCUCCGACCGCUUGAUGCGGAGCACAACUUCGCAGCAGCAUCAGCUCAUAUACGCGAAGCGGCCGCUCAAGGGGCAUCCUUGGCGGUGCUACCCGAGUACCAUUUGUCAGGCUGGGUGCCUAAAGACCCUGGGUUUGCCACUCUCGCUCGGACAGCAUACCAAUAUGUCCCCAAGUAUCAGGAGUUGGCCAAAGAGCUCAAAAUCAAUAUUGUCCCCGGAACCAUCGUCACCGUGGACCCAACCUCAUCAGCCGCAACAACGGAAUCCAACGGCACGGGCCCAGCAUCCUCCUGCGCCCAUCCUCCGGCACUACUGAAUAUCGCACCGUUCAUCGCCUUCACGGGCGAAGUUCUCGGCUCGUACACCAAAGCGAAUCUCUGGAUCCCCGAGCGCACCGUCUUGACAUCUGGUCCCGACUCUGUGCGUCAAGCAACCUCAGGAUCGCACCACACACACACAGCAGACGAAGGGCCACCCAAACCACACACGGUGAUUGAAACACCACUCGGCCCCGUCGGUAUCGUCAUCUGCUGGGACUUGGCUUUUCCAGAGAGCGUACGCAGCCUCGUACGACAAGGUGCACGAAUCGUCAUCAUCCCGACCUUUUGGACCAAGGACGACUUGACGCCCGAGGCACUUAACUACGGGCCGGACGUGGACGCGCAGUUCCUCAAGGCAGCGCUCGUGACCCGCUCGUUCGAAAACACAUGCGCCGUCAUCUUCUGUAACGUGGGCGGUCCGGUGGACGAAGGCUAUACGGGUUUGAGUCGCGUUGUCUUACCGCUGGUCGGGCCUGUGCAGGGUUCUUUUGAGGGUAACGAAGCCGGAAUGAAAAUUGUGGAAGUCGAUAUGCGCACGGUCGAUGUUGCGGAGGAAAAUUACAAGAUCAGACAGGACCUUGCCAGAGAGAACUGGCAUUAUGGCUACAGUCAUGAAAAGUGA